AUGAGCAACAUGAGCUGGGGUUUUCUCACCCGUCUUCUGGAAGAAAUCCACAACCACUCCACGUUUGUGGGUAAAGUGUGGCUCACUGUUCUCAUUAUCUUCCGCAUCGUUCUAACGGCAGUUGGGGGUGAGUCCAUCUAUUCGGACGAGCAGACCAAAUUUACCUGCAACACCAAGCAGCCUGGCUGUGACAACGUGUGUUACGACGCCUUCGCUCCGCUCUCUCAUGUCCGCUUCUGGGUCUUUCAGAUCAUUAUGAUCUCCACCCCGUCAAUUAUGUACCUGGGUUACGCCAUUCACAAGAUUGCCCGCAGCUCAGAGGAGGAGCGCCGCAAACAGCGCCGUCACCACCGGAGGAGCCGUCACGGAAGGUGGAGAGGUAACCAUCAGCUGGAGGAGGUGCUGGAGGAAGAGGAAGAGGAUGACGCAGAGCCAAUGAUCUAUGAGGAGAGCCUGGAAGUUCAGGAGGCCAAAGCCUCAGAAGUGGAAAAGUGUCCUCAGAAACAUGACGGCAGACGCAGAAUCAUGCAGGAGGGACUAAUGAGGAUAUACGUUUUCCAGCUCUUGUCCCGUGCUGUGUUUGAGGUGGGCUUUUUGGCAGGCCAGUAUCUCCUCUAUGGUUUCCACGUGAAGCCUUUGUUCGUAUGCAACAAAGUACCAUGUCCGCACAAUGUAGACUGCUUUGUGUCACGGCCAACGGAGAAGACCAUCUUCCUGCUCAUCAUGUACGUGGUGAGCUGUCUAUGUCUUCUACUCAAUGUGUGUGAGAUGUUUCACCUGGGCAUAGGGACCUUCCGUGACACGCUGCGUAAGCGGAGAACCAAGGGGAGGCGACCUUCCUACAGCUACCACUACUCCAGGAACAUUCCAGCAUCUCCGCCGGGAUACAACCUGGUCAUCAAGGCAGACAAGCCUGGCAGGAUGCCCAACAGUAUCAUUUCCCAUGAGCAGAACCUGGCCAACGUGGCCCAGGAGCAGCACUGCGCCAGCCCAGACGAGAACAUCCCAUCUGACUUAGCCAGUUUGCACCAUCACCUGAAGGUGGCACAAGAGCAACUGGACAUGGCCUUUCAGACAUACAACAACAAAAACAACCCACAGACUUCAAGAACAAGCAGUCCAACCUCUGGGGUCACCAUGGCAGAGCAGAACAGGGUCAACUCAGCCCAGGAGAAACAGGGGGCAAGGCCCAAAUCAGGAGUUGAGAAAGCUGGGACAUUGGUGAAAAAUGGCAAGACUUCAGUAUGGAUUUAG